CUUUCGCCCCCGGCGCUGCUACUGCUUUUUUUCCUGCCACACUUUAGUGUAACCUUCCAGGGAGUGAGUACGCGAGCGUGCGGGCUUUCAGCACGAUUGAGAGUGUUUGUCCUGAGUUUGUAAGCUUCACAUCCGUUGCGCGUUGAGGGAUAAAAAUGUGCUCAACCUGGCGUUUUUAGUUCACGGACCUUCGUCUGGUAUAUAGGUAUGAGAGAAUAACGACCUUGAAAGGUCGCGCCCUACCGAGCAAACAUUCCCCACGGUAGCUGAUGUCUACUACAUGAUGUACAAGAACAAAGCUCAGCCACGAUGAUCACUAGCGCCGUGUCCCUGAACGGAUCUUUCCACGUCUUCAUUCCGUUACCAGCCGGCGACCAUGACGUCAAAACUAACGUCACGGCAUCCAUCUCCGUGGCGUCCGACUACUCGCCGUUCGUGCACCCGUGGGCGCCAAAUAUGUCCAGGCUUAUGGAGUACGAGGCCAAACGGUCAAGAUACCUCUGCUUCCGCACCGCGCAGAUUGUUCUUUGCGUGCUGGGCCUUGUCGGAAACUGCGGAGUCAUCCUCGCCUGGACAGCCAGCAGACGUCGAACUCCGAUCGUGGUCCUAAUGACGUCACUCGCCCUCUGGGACCUGGGCCUGCUCACUUCCUUCCUCUAUUACUGUGUACGUAACUUCCGGUGGUGGCAUUCCCGAGCCAAUGCUCGCGACUACCCUUGGAGCGGCUCCCUCUACAACAUGGGGUAUGACCCGCCGAUGUACCUGGCUAUCCUGGCCUUUAAUUGUUUCGUGUGCACGUCCGUGUUCACAGUUCUGGUCAUCUCCUUCGUGCGCUACAUCGCCGUAGUGAGGCCUCUGAUGGUACGACGUGUGUGCUCUCGCAAACGAAUGAAGUACCUGAUUACGGGAAUAAUCGCUCUGGCGAUGUUCCUUUCGUUUUGUUUCUGUCUAAAAUUUAUGUGCCUUUCUUUCCACGAGAUAACGGGCAGUCGCUUCUGCCAUUUUGUUACGAAUCACAAAAGAGCAUUCACCUACCCGGAUUUUAUCAUCAUCGGGAUAUUGCCGUGGGUAGGUACAAUUCCACUGAGCGCGUUGCUCGUAGUUCACGUGACCAGAAUUCCCAAAACUCGUAGCAUUCGACGAGGGUCUUGUCCCGCCUCCGUGGAGUACGGACCCAGACGAGUGACGCUCUACGUCAUAGUUAUGGUGGUUCUUUCGACUGUGACGUACCCUGUUUGUCUCAACAUCUUCCUCGCCAUGCAGGAAUCGCCCAACUGGACUCAAGAGACUAAGGAAAAGCUCUACCUGACCAGUGAUUUUCUCUUCAUCAUUAAUUCCAUCGCUCAUAUUUUCCUUUUCUGCGCCGGUGGACAGUUCUUCAGAAGCUUGAUGUAUGCUCGGAUUAGUUACUUAUGUACUUGCUUCUGCGGUUGUGUCCCCGUUGUUCAUCAGAUCGUGAACCGACACGAAGACGAUAUCGUUGUGGUGGACGAUAUCAGAUUCAACGUCAGCUCCACGAGAGACGCCAUUGACAUUGAGCAGCGAUUGUCUCUUCCAGAAAGACACGGGCUUGAGGUCACUCGGCUGUGACACGACUUUUGAAUUGUCAUUUUAUGUGUUGAGAUUGAAGCGAGUGUGUGAUUGUGUGUGUAUGUGUGUGUGUGUGUGUGUGU